AUGUGUUUGAGCAAGAAAAGUUGGGGAGGAAGAUAUGAAGGAAUCAUGAGAAUCAGGCUUGCUUUGAAAAAGCUACAGACAGGUCUCUCAUUCCUCCUGGCACCUAGAGGACCCGAUUAUCUUAAUUAUUUUCGGUUGAAUGAAGAUUUGGAAGCUGAAAAAAUGGAUGUGAUGAAAGGACAUUUUGUUGUCAUUGCAGUUAAAGGUGGGACUUCGAAGAGGUUUAUGGUGGAGCUUAGCUGUCUCACUAACCCAGCAUUCUUGAAGUUGCUAGAAAAGGCCAAAGAAGAGUUUGGGUUCGAACAGAAGGGACCUAUUGCAAUCCCUUGCAAACCUGAAGAGGUACAGAAGAUUUUGGAUGAGUGGAGGAAGAAAUCUCUACUUUUGAAAGCUUGCUUACAUCUCUAA